UUGAUGCACUUUAACCGAUUAAACUACGCAUUAAACGUACAGAUGCACUGCCUACUAAUUUUGAAUUGUGUUCAUACAACAUGUGCACAAGAAAAGCUUAAUUGUUGACUGUACCUGUUUGAUGUACAUAGUUAAAGAGGCUGAAAUGUUAUUACUGUUAUCAAUUUCCACUGUUCUGUUGAGUGUUUCAGCACAACAUAACCUUACACCGUUUGGCAAAGCUAGUCAAAGUUCUCAAUUCAUUACAGCAAGACCUACAAAUGCCAUACAUACACCUAUAUCAAAUACAUUUUCCUUUUCUCACUGUUCCCACACGAAUAUUGAGAAAACAGCGGCUUGGUGGAUGUUUCAAUUGUCUUUCGGAACUGCUUACAUUACAGAUAUAACAAUCUACUACAGGGAAAAAUUUGCGCGUCGCAUGGAUGGAUUUAAGUUAUUUGUGACCAAUACAUCAACCAUUCCACCUAAUGGUUAUCUUUGCUAUGAGGAUCCUGAUCCAGGUCUGCCAAACAUCACUCAGACUAUUCCUUGUAAUCAACUUGGGCAGUAUGUCAUUUAUUUCGAUAAUAAAGGAUCCCGGGAGAAUGAAACUCGCUACGAUGGACCUGUAGUUGAACUGUGUUAUGUUGCCAUUAAUGGUUGUCAAAAGAGCUUUUGGGGUAAUAACUGUGGUAACAAAUGUUCCAAAAAUUGCAUAGGGCGACUUUGCCACCCCACAAAUGGUUCUUGUGUUUGGGGUUGUAACACUAAACAUUGUUUAAAUGAUAUUUGCGAUAUACAAACUGCAGUUUGCACUGAUGGUUGCAAGGAAAGACGAACCGGAAACUAUUGUAACAAGUAUAACAUUGCUUCUGACGGUUUAAUCGUGCAGACUCCAAGUGGUAGUCAGCGGGCAAGUCUAGCAAAUGAUGGCAACAACAAAUCAUGUUCUAAAACAAAGGGACUAACCGUAACAUUUCAAGUUGACCUUCAGAAAGAAAGCAUUGUAACUGGAGUGCAUAUAAACUUUGGUGAAAGUACUACACGGGAGGGAAAUCAUACUCUUUACGCUUCAAAUACAAGCACUUCCUGGAAAUGUGGAACCAUUUUAUAUAAAGAAACCUCUUUGCCUACUGAGAUCCACUUUUAUGCCGUUUUUAGAUACCUGACUUAUGUACCCCCAGUCAAGAAAGCAAUAUCUGAACUCGAAGUAUGUGAAAUUGGAAUUGUUGGUUGUCCUCCUUCUCUUUACGGUCCUCUCUGUAAUCAGUCGUGCCAAGGGAACUGUCGUGGACCAUGUGAUCUAACCACCGGGCAAUGUAUAUUUGGUUGUUCAAGCGGAUGGAGUGGAGAUAAUUGUAAACAAGCAUGCCAAGCUGGUACAUACGGUAAAAAUUGUCUUGAGACAUGUUCAUCAAACUGUUUGAAUCUACAAUGCAAUGCAGGGAAUGGAGAAUGCUUUGAGGGAUGUAAUGACGGAUGGCAUGGGUCCGAUUGCAAACAAAAAUGCCCUACAGGUCAAUUUGGGAGAAAUUGUUCUGAGUUUUGUGAGGGCUGUAUUUCAAGAACGUGUGAUCCUAGAAAUGGAGUAUGUGAUAACAAAACUGUAUGUAACACUGGUUAUGUAUACGGAAAAUACUGUAACAUAACAUGUAAUGAUGGUUUUUACGGUAGUAAUUGUCUGAAGUUAUGCUCAUCAUUUUGCUUGUAUCAACCUUGUAAUUACGGAACAGGAGAAUGCAUUGGUGGAUGCGUAAGUGGAUUAGAAGGAUUCAACUGCACACAAGUUUCUGCAAAUAAAGAAGACGACAGUUUCAUAUUAUCGACUCAGAUUGGUCUUUUCAGUGGAGGUUUUCUGUUAGGUGCUCUGGUUGUAACUGUUGUAUGUAUUUUAGUUCUGAAAAAACGACAAAUCCGUAAAAAACGAGGCAAAAAGAAUGCAACGAAGAAAGCACAAAGUGAUGAAAAACAACAAUAUGACGAUGUUAGAAUGGAAAAUGUAUCUACAUAUCAGGAUCUUACGGAGGAUUCCACGUCAAAUGAAUAUGACCAGAUAAACACUGCAUACAUCAAUCACUAAGCAAUAGAUAUAUAAUUCAUCAGAGAAAACUCAAUAGACUCAAUUAGAAUUUAUAUUGAUUAACGGAUAUUCAGAGAACAGAUUAAGACAGCGCAAACUCUAUAUACAUAACUAUAUGUAAGCUAUGUCAGUAAUGAAACAGAAAUGACUAAAUAUCCUAUACACUUGAAUAUAUUCACUUUUUUUCUGUUCUACUCAACCUAGUUUGGUUGUGAUGAAUGAUUAUUAUAACUGUUCCUGCAUAAUACAUACGCGUGUGUGUUCAUAUGUGUUUGUGUUUAUGAGAGAUACAGAGAGUUGAAAGAAAUCUCAUAACAAACUCGUAGUUAAAUCCAAAAAGGUGUCAAUUUCCAACGGGUUUGAAUUAUAUUUUCUGUGGAUACACUCGCGGCCGAUUAUCUGAAUCUCCUUUUUAGAAAAAAGUUUAUCUUGUAUCUCAUGCCAUUCCAGUUUCGUCAGUUUCUUUCGUAAUGCUUCCUAUUUGUAUAAUAGUCUGGAGCAUGUUUAUAGAUUGAAGAAUAAUAGGCAAAACUGAUUAUACAUAGAGAAAUAGUGGGUACUCAGAAUAUAGCUAAAUGUGCAACGGAAAUAAAGAAAAGAGGCAAUGGCCUAAAAUUCAAGCAUACUGAAAUAAGGAAACACCAAAAAGACCCUUAUAUUUAACAAUCAUUGCAUUUCUGGUAUACUUAAAGAACAUUGUAAAUCUUUUUCAAUUGAAACCACGGUAAAUGAGAAAAUAAAUAUAUGUAUUUAAUCCGAGUACACUAGAAAUUCUUUUUUCUUAUAAAAUUUACUGUACCGAACUGGAUAUGUGCUACUUUGGUUCUAAAAUCAUCUAAUGAUGUGUAACAGUACAUUCAUACAUACCCCUUUCCUCAUAACUUGAGUUCUUUACACGUGUAUUUUACAUUCAGUAAUCUUUUCAGUGUUUUUGAGACUUUAUCCAAUCAGAAUAUUUCAUGUUUGCCAUAUUUCAGUGAAAUAGCAUGAAAUUUAAAAAAAUGAGAGUACACACUAGGUCAUUGGGGCGUGUGCAAAUUCCCUAUUGAUAAAGAAGACAUUUUGUUGAAUAAAUUGGAUGUGAUUAUUUUUCAGAGAAAUACUUGUUAUUUUUAAGCUUUACUGUCAAGUUUUAUUAAAAUCAGUUCAAUAGUUGGA